CUGUAUUAGUAUCUGUGGACUGUCUGUGGUAGAUUUCCUGAUCAACGACUCCUGAACGAGUACAUUUUGCACACUCCAUGCAUGCACUGCAGUUUCCAUUUCCCUUUCUAUUCACAAUAAAAUAUUUCAGACAGCGCAGGGUUGUAAUGUUUAUACAGGCUAUUUAGCGAGGUGAAAUCCUGUUGGACUUCACGUCAUGGCUGAGUACGAGCAGCUCGUUGACGAACGCAAUCCCAAAACAACAGUCACCACUCGCCAGCCAGUCGUAAAUUCAACCGCCGCCUUCUCCAGGAGAAACAUUUCCCGAACGGGUUCUCGCAGCUAUCACGCGUGUCACCUCUCAUUCAAAGUCGUGCUUGCUGGUGAGGUGGAUGUUGGUAAAACAACGCUGUUCACUCGUUUGAAAGCCGAAGCAGAACAGCCUGGCAGUGCUAGUACGGGUGGCGGGUUUUCUACAAGCACCGCAUCGGCUGCUGCCACUCGAUCGUCUGGCCACCUUCUGAGAACGGGACGUCAGGGUGUAAACAGCAAGCCACGUGCUGCACAAUUUCCCCUUACCGAAUCUCGACUGUCCUUACAACUGGCUGACGGGAAUUUAGCGGAGAUUACCCUGGUGGAUACUGCUGGAGAGGAGCGGUUCAACCAAACCCUGACGGGUAGCCACUAUCGCAAUGCAGACCUGGUGCUGUUCGUAUUUGAUGUAACAAACGACCUCUCGUUGUUUGCCCUCAAGCACUGGGUGCAACAGGCAAGGGCGGGCGCGGUAGAACGAGAAGGUUUCCUGGUGGGCAACAAGGUGGAUCUACGCACUCAACAGAACAAGAGCCAGUGUGUGGCCGCCGGCAGUGCAAGUGAGUUUGCCACCGUCAUGGGUCUGGCCUUAGCCGAGGAAACCUCUGCACUCAACGGUCAGGGUGUAGAUUGUUUACUCACUCAGAUCUCGGCUCACUUCAGUUCGAUGGCCAAAACAGCCUCGUUCCGCUCUCGCACAAUCAAUCAAGAUGAUACUGCUAAACCCCUGUUUCGUUGCUGCAAUAUUCUGUAGGUUGAGCUAUACUGGAGCCAGGCCAGCACUGGUUUGUGGUCCUUGUACGUUGUAGUUUGGCUCAUAUUUAUUUCCAAUUCUAAAUUGUGACGUAUCUUGAGACGUUUAUGUUUGGUGGCUGCUGACUGGUUUGUACCAUCCUUGAGCAAUAUUUACCUUGAAGCCUUUAUUUUAUGACAAAAUUAAAGCUAUUCAGUUUUCAAUGUUUUUUUAUACAGCUAGUUGCAGGAUUCUUGCAGCUGAUUAACUCUCGGGCCGGCCCUGGUGGUGACAGCCAGUUUUUCUUCAGACUUUUUCCCUUUCAUUCCCUCGACCUCAUGGAUAUUAUUUCCUGUUUCAGUGUUUGGGAUUGUUCGUUAACAGAAGUGUUCAAGUAACUCCAA